AUGAGUGGCCUUCCUCCCGGAUCUUUCGUGCAAGGUGGCGAUCCACCCAGCUACACCAAUUCCACUUCUACCGACGCAGCUCCCGUGCCGCCUCCAAUCUCGACCACCGCGCCUGUCUCCGCUCAGGCGCUGUCCCCUACGCCCUUGUCUCCUGAAGAAGCCAAGGAGGUCGAAGAAGAGCUCGAGGAAGCGCAGAGUCUCAGCGAGGCCGCGCUUUCCAUCCCCGACUCCGAGGCAGCUGACAACGACGCCGUCUCCCUCUACCAGCCCGCCAACGAAGCUGUCCCAGGCGAUGCAGGUGUCGUAGCCAGUCAGGGCGUCGUCGCCAACAACGGCGGUGCAAGCUUUAACUGGGAGGGUGUUCUCGGUCACUCUGCUCAGGGACUUGGCGCAGCCAAUGCAGCCUCCUCGGCCGGCUUCUCCUUCGCCCGCACCGCCACUACCUUUGGUCUCCAAUUCGCCAAGCGCCUCACCCAAGGCCUCGUUGCAGUGCCCGCUCUGCUCGCAGAUGGCGCUCUCACAGGUUCUGCGCCGGGCGAUACGUCUGGCAACCCUUCGAUCGCCAAGGCUGCUCAUGCAGGCAUCGCCACUUUCUUCGACGCCAUCUCGCUCGUCGCCGUUGGCGGUAUCGAUCUGACCAGUGCCGUCACCAGCGCUAGUCUUGGUGCUGCUGGCUCAGGCGUUGAAGGAGUCAGAAGGGCUCUCGGCUCCGAGGUGCUUCGCAGCUUGGCCGAGUUCUCCAAGCUCGUCAAGCGUGAAUGGAACGCCGACGACGACUCACUUCCACCCGGCGGCAUCCCAGCCUACUCGAUCAUCACCCUCACCAAGGCUCUCACCACUUGGGUCAACAUUCAGAUCAUCACGCGUAGCUACUACGAGCAGCGCAUGCUCAAAGGUCUUCGUGAGAUCAACACCGACAAGCUCAAGGCAGAAGUCGAGGGACUGAGGCAGACGCAUCACGUCGACACUACCAGCGCUCCUCUUCGUCCCAUCACUGCAGGCUCGCAAGGGCAGAGCUCCGCAGGUCAGAGUCAGUCUGACGUUCGCAUCACCUCAAAUCAGACCUUCACGGGCGAGCUGUCAGGCAAUGUCAUUGGCGCCGAGAUCGGUCACAAAGAUGGAUCCAGUUCUCGAUUGCCCGGUUCGGACGAGCCCGCCAGAGCCCUCACGGAUGCGGAGGCAGUACACAACUUGCAGCGCUACUCGAAGCUCGUUCUCGGUGUCUACGGUGGUAUCGCUCUGUAUUGGCUCAACUCGAUGCCACCAGGAGACCACAGCCUGUUCGGCGAGACCACCUUCGACACAGCCAAAUCUAGUCAGACCGCCCCUGCACCCGGCAGCACCAUCUUCAGCGCCGAGGAAGAGUUCAUCCGCAGAGACCAAGCCGAAUUCCUCGAAGCCGCCUCGCAAAUGGAGCUCGAAGACGAAGACGAGGACCUCAUCACAGCCACCGAGACUGCCAGAGCCAACGCCAACAAGCAGGUCAUCGCCGUCAACGGAGACGGCAAGGGACACGCUACAUCGUACAACCUCUGGGAUGUCAUCUCGGGCACCCACGAUGAGGACCUCUUCCACCACACGGCCGGCCUGGAGCGUGGCGCUGCUGCAGAAGGGAGCUACGCAAAUGACCGAAGGACCGUCUCCAAUGGCACGCCGUCCAAGGACAAAGCUCGACCCAGCAAGCCCCGAUUCUACGUCGUCACAGAUCAUCCGCGCAAGACGAUCAUCCUUGUGCUCCGAGGUACGCUCUGCGUGGGCGAUGUUGCAGCCGAUCUCACCUGUGAAUCCGUUCCCUUCAUUUUCGACCCUGAAGUCAAAGCAAAUCUGGACGCGAAGUACCCAACACCCACCGCAGCGGACGGCAAAACGUCUUUCGUCGGAGAGGAAGCGCACGGUGAUUUGUGUCACGAAGGCAUGUACAUUACUGCGCACGAGAUCGGCGCACCUGGUCGCUCCGUCCACCGAGCCGUCUCCUCCGCACUAGCCGCCAACCCCGGCUACUCAAUCGACGUCACGGGUCACUCUCUUGGCGCCGGUGUCGCAAGUGUGCUCGCCAUGAUGUGGGCGGACCCCACUACGGGUCUCACCACCCCUUCGUCGGGUUUGCCCUCCGGUCGCCGCCUGCACGCAUACUGCUUCGCCGUGCCCUGCGUCACCAGCUCGCCCCUCGGUCGCAAGGUCGGCUCGAUCAUCACCUCGUACACCUACUCGUUCGACUUGGUAUGUCGUCUGUCGCUAGGCUCGAUCCAGGACAUCCGCAACUGCUCCGCCUGGCUAUGCUACGAGGACAAGCAGGCGGCACAUGGCGAUCGCACCAUGAACGCGCUCAUGAAGCGUGCGUUCGAGUACCAGUCGGGUCGACUCGAACAGUCGAAGCGCGCCGAAGUGGAACACGAAAUGCUCGUCCUGCGAAAGACGUUGGAGGCCAACAUGCACAACACGCACCUCUUCCCACCUGGAAAAGUGCUCUAUGCGCUCAAGGAGGGAGAUGACAUCGUCGAGAAGAGCGAGGAAACCGAAGCUGACAUCGGUCGAGGUAUCAGCACGAACAAGAGGCAGAGACUGUUCACCGUCAACAACGAUGACGAGUCGGCACUGAGGAAUGUCUUCGGACAGAUGAUCUUCUCGAGGACCAUGCUCAGCGCUCACAUGCCCAACAUGUACGAUGCCAGUUUGCACGACUUGACCCGCUAG